AUGAUCGAUUCUUCCGCUUUCUUCGUCGUCCCAUGCCACAAUUACCAUCGAAUUGUCGAGCUUCUUCUUUCUUCAGCUCGCUCUAAAUCGACUCCUAAAGGACUUCAGCUCCAUGGCUACAUCCUCAAAUCAGGACUCUUCCUCAUCCCUCUCGUCUCCAACAACCUCAUCAACUUCUACUCCAAAUCCCAGCUCCCGCUCGAUUCUCGCCGAGCUUUCGAAGAUUCCCCGGAAAAGAGCGCCACGACGUGGAGCUCCAUCAUCUCCUGCUUCGCCCAGAACGAGCUUCCGUCGAUGUCCCUCCAGUUUCUCAACAAAAUGAUGGCCGGAAACCUCCGUCCCGAUCACCACGUCCUCCCGUCGGCAACAAAGUCGUGCGGGAUCUUAAGCCGUUGCGAUAUCGGAAGAUCGGUGCACUGUCUCUCGAUGAAGACCGGGUACGACGCUGACGUGUUCGUCGGAAGCUCUCUCGUCGACAUGUACGCGAAAUGCGGAGACAUCGUUCACGCGAGAAAAGUGUUCGACGAAAUGCCUGAGAGAAACAUCGUCACUUGGAGCGGGAUGAUGUAUGGGUAUACUCAAAUCGGCGAAAACGAAGAAGCUUUGUGGCUCUUUAAACAAGCACUGCUCGAGAAUCUCGACGUGAACGAUUUCUCCUUCUCCACAGUCCUCAGCGCCUGCGCAAAUUCGACUCUCCUCGAAUUAGGCAGACAGAUUCAGGGACUCUGCGUUAAAUCCAGCUUCGGCUCUUCCAGCUUCGUGGGAAGCUCCUUAGUCUCGCUGUAUUCGAAAUGCGGCGUUCUCGAAGAAGCUCACCGAGUCUUCGACGAGACGCCAUUGAAGAACCUCGGGAUCUGGAACGCGAUGCUUAAAGCAUGCGCGCAACACUCGGACGCUAAAGAAGUGAUCGAGUUUUUCAAACGGAUGAAACUCUCUGGAAUGAAACCGAAUUUCAUCACUUUCUUGAAUUUGCUCAACGCUUGUAGCCACGGUGGUUUGGUGGAAGAAGGAAGAUACUAUUUCGAUCUGAUGAAAGAGUCUAAGAUCGAGCCGACGGAUAAGCACUACGCUUGCUUGGUUGACACGUUGGCACGAGCCGGUAAGCUGCAAGAAGCGCUCGAGGUGAUCAAGAACAUGCCGAUCGAUCCAACGGAGUCGGUUUGGGGAGCUUUGUUAACCGGCUGCACGAUCCACAAGAACACGGAGCUCGCAGCGUUUGCAGCGGAUAAAGUGUUUGAGCUAGGACCAGUGAGCUCCGGUAUGCACAUUUCUUUAUCCAAUGCUUACGCAGCAGACGGUAGAUUCGAAGACGCAGCGAGAGCGAGGAAGCUGUUGCGAGACAGAGGGGAGAAGAAGGAAACAGGGCUGAGUUGGGUUGAGGAGAGGAACAGAGUUCACACGUUUGCAGCUGGAGAUAGACGACAUGAGAAGAGCAAAGAGAUCUACGAGAAGCUGGUUGAGUUAGGAGAAGAGAUGGAGAAAGCUGGUUACGUUGCGGAUACGAGCUUUGUGCUGAGAGAAGUUGAUGGAGACGAGAAGAGUCAGACGAUAAGGUAUCAUAGCGAGAGACUGGCGAUUGCGUUUGGGCUGAUCACGUUUGCGAAGGAUAGGCCGAUCCGUGUGAUGAAGAAUCUGCGUGUGUGUGGAGAUUGCCACAACGCGAUCAAGUACAUGUCGGUGUGUACGGGACGAGUGAUCAUUGUGAGAGAUAACAAUCGGUUUCAUCGGUUUGAGGAUGGCAAGUGUUCUUGCAAUGACUAUUGGUGA